GGAUCCUAUUGAAGCUUGACACAUUUGUUUUUGUACACGAGUUGAACCCAACUGCUUUCAAACUCCCAAAUUUUCCAAAGAUCUUUGAAGGUAAGCCAGGCAGUGCACCGAUGAAGGUCUAAAUAACAUCCGAUCUAUUACUUAUCGAAUUCAGAUGGUCACUCGAGGAAACUUCUCAGAGGAGGAGCUUACCUUCCGUAGAUACGGUCCUCGUGGUCAGAGCUAUCCACUGGCUCAAGAGCGCUCCGAGCACCCAUACGGAUCUCGGACGUAUAACGAUGGACGAGGCAAUGAUCGUGGGCCAGAAAACACCGAACCGGGACCUCAUCAAAUGAGGCGCAGGAUUCAGGUAGCGUGUCAAAGAUGCCGAAAGCGCAAGAUUCGGUGCAGCGGCGAAGACAAUGGCAGGCCAUGUUACCACUGCAAGCAGUCCUCUUCAGAACCAUGCGAGUUCUUGAGAGUGACGGCUAUGCGACUGGAACAAGCAAAGGAUCUUCCGGCUGAUUGCUUUGAUGAUAGUUUGCGCCCAAUGUACCGAAUGCCUGCAAACGCCCCAUACAAUAACAAUUACUACCAGACUUUACAAACCCUCAACUUGGGUCCCGAUAGUAUGAAUUAUCGACCAACAAGUUAUUCUAAUUAUGGCUUUCAAGGACCGAAAUUUCUCAAUCCUUCCUUUGACAGCUUUUCCGAAGAACCUGCGGAAUUCAAUCUGUCAAGUUCAACCCCGUAUCAAGUGGCAGUACAAGAUUCCGUUUCUGUGUCUAAUUAUCCAGUGCAGAGCAAUGGGCGGACACGCGUAAACCCUCCAGCGCCAAUGUAUAUGGAGUCAGAAGCAGCUGCCAAUUAUAAUUCAGCAUACCAAGGUUAUAAUGCGCGCUCAAUGGUUGACUCGGAUUCAAAGAAUUUUUGUGCCGCGAACAACACAUGCAUUCCACCUUAUGGAACUGCAAGUGUGGCCACCACAUCUGCGCAAGCUACCCUCAAUAUUACCACCAGUACCGAAAGGCAACUGCCAUACCCAAACAGACAAUACGGGUCCACAAAUGAUGGUAUUUUCAGUUCGCCGAACUCACUUCAGCCGUAUGGAUUUUUGAGCUCAAACAUAAACAGCUCUGCAAAAAUCAACUCUUCGGUUCAAAUGCCCCUGACAAAUCCGUAUUUGAGUGUUUCCACCAGCAGCUCUCACGAAAUUACCACAGCCGCUGCUACAGCUGCUUACCAAUCGGGGCAACAAUCCUCCUUAUCACAACAAGAUUCUGAGAUGUAUGAUGCAUCAACUAUGAACGGAAAUCUGUACUACACCCAGGCCAAUGACUCAACUACAGAUAUAAGCCAUUAUGGAACAAGCAGUGGAAGCGACCACAGCAAAAGUCGUCAAAAUAGUCAGCCUAGCGCUCCUGAUAAUACAUGGCCGACUAAUAACCGAAAGUCUAGCGGCAGCGGAAGUAGUUUAUUAGCAAAUGGACAGACGUAUGUUCCACACACAUCCAGCCAUUAUCCAACCCCAAAUCUGCCCACCCAGAUGCAGAAUCCUGGGCUCUUGCAACUCCCUCCCCAGAUGCCACAACUCCAGCACGAUGGUCUCCCAGCGCCCUCGAGAGAAUAUGUCUCAAGUCUUUCGUCAAGAUAGUUUGACCCUUUGCGCGAUACUCGGGUCCGUGGAAUAAAUAUCUGUUCAAAGCACAACCAGAACAACAUCUGCUUUGAUAAAAACGACGAUAUUAAACCUCGAGGACAUAAAAAUCGACGACUUAGGACCUGACA